AUGCCCACUCUUUGUGAUCCAACUUUAAAGUUAUCUGUUUCCUCUCGAAGGCCAGGCUUUUUGCCAGAUCCCAACGAUGGCAGUCUGUAUGUACUAGGAGGCAAGCGCAAAGAGGGUCUGAUGAAACUCCCGUUCACUAUUCCAGAACUGGUCCAGUCUUCUCCCUGCAGGAGCUCCGAUGGGGUGCUCUACACAGGUAAAAAACAGGACACUUGGUUUGUGGUUGAUCCUCAGACAGGUGAAAAACAGACGAGUCUGAGCACCUCCUCUUCAGACUCCAUUUGCCCCUCUGCCCCUCUGCUGUUCAUUGGUCGCACAGAAUAUAUGAUCACCAUGUAUGAUACUAAGACUCAGGAGCUCCGCUGGAAUGCCACCUACAAUGACUACUCCGCACCUCUCUAUGAUGACAAAAAAUAUGAGUAUAAGAUGUCACACUUUGCAUCCAGUGGGGACGGUCUGGUGGUUACGGUGGAUCGGGACUCUGGUGAGGUCUUGUGGAUGCAGAAGUUUGAUUCUCCAGUGGCAGGGUUUUACUUAUGGAGUCAAGACAGUCUGCGGCGAGCUCCUCAUCUGACAGUCUCAACAGAAACCCUGCGUUAUCUGACCUUCACUGCAGAAAACACACAGUCCCAUACCAUGAAGUGGACCUACCAGUUCACAAAGGAGAACCACAGCACUAAGACUCAGCUAAUUCCUACUCUCUAUGUUGGCAAGACGAACUCUCAUCUGUAUGCUUCUACCUCUCUUGUGCAUCAAGGUGUGGCAAUUGUGCCAAAAGGUCUCACUCUUGCACGCAUCGAGGGGCCAAUCACAGCUGGCGUCACAAUGGGUAAUGGGCGGCCCGAGUGUGAGAUUACACCCAGCACUGAUGUGAAAUAUCCACCAGGAAGCAGCAGCUCCCUGCAGAAUCAGUGGCUGCUGAUUGGUCACCAUGAAGUCCCUCCUUCGGCUCACACCACCAUGUUGAGAGAUUUCCCAGAGAAUCUGCAGCGCUCUGGUGAUAUCAUCCCACCACAAGGUUCUGGUUCUUCUUUCCAUUCUGCCUCUCACCCUUUGCCACUGGUAACAAAGCCCAGCACUUCCCCCGUGUUGCCAGACUCCUUGACCUCUGACCCCAUGACAGUGCUGGUGAUGACACUGCUGCUGGGAGCAUGGAUUGCCUUCCUGCUAACACACAAAAGGCCUGUCAGAAAAUCCCAGAGAUCUGAAGAGCCAGUGGACUCCAACCCUCUGCCGGUGUUGACCAAUCAGAGCACUGCCACAGAGCCCAACACUCCGUCCUCAGACUCAUCCUUUAACAACAACAGCCAUUCAGAUAAGACUAGUUCUGUUGCAUCCAAUCAAACUCAGCCAUUCUCAAGCAAAGACUCCGCCCCAAUUACGACAGCUGCUCAAAGUGAACAGCCUGACGUUGUGGAAGUUGGAAAAAUCUCUUUCAGUCCUUCUGAGGUGUUGGGCCAUGGGACAGAGGGAACCUUUGUGUUCCGGGGUCAUUUUGACAGUCGGCGUGUGGCGGUAAAGCGUAUCCUUCCAGAGUGCGUGGAGUUUGCAGAGCGAGAGGUUCAGCUCCUCCGUGAAUCAGACGAGCAUCCCAAUGUCAUCCGUUACUUCUGCACAGAGCGGGACAGACAGUUCACUUACAUUGCCAUAGAGCUAUGUGCCGCUACACUCCAGCAGUAUGUGGAGGACCCAAGCUGUCCUUACUCAGACCUGAACCCAGUGUUCCUGCUGGACCAGACCAUGUGUGGCCUCAAUCACCUGCACUCCCUCAACAUCGUUCACAGGGAUUUAAAGCCACGAAAUAUUUUGCUCUCUCUCCCGGGGGCACUGGGUCGAGUCCGGGCGGUGAUCUCAGAUUUCGGCUUGUGUAAGAAGCUUCCAGAUGGUCGCCAUAGUUUCAGCCUACGCUCUGGAAUACCAGGAACCGAAGGCUGGAUUGCCCCUGAAUUACUCAUAAAUGCUCCAAAAGGGAACCCUACGAGUGCAGUGGAUAUAUUUUCGGCCGGAUGUGUGUUUUAUUAUGUGACGUCCAAAGGACAGCAUCCGUUUGGUGACACUCUGCGGCGUCAAGCUAAUAUCCUCUCUGGAAUCUAUAACCUUGACCACUUUAUGGAGGAUAUACAUGAGGAUGUGAUCGGCAGAGAUCUGAUUGAGCGGAUGAUCAGUGCUGAACCAGAGACGCGUCCUUCAGCAGUGUCCAUCCUCAAACAUCCCUUCUUCUGGAGCCCAGAGAAACAGCUGCAGUUCUUUCAGGAUGUCAGUGACAGAAUAGAGAAGGAGCCAGCAGACAGUGCUAUAGUGGCCCGUCUGGAGAACUCCGGCAGAUCUGUCGUAAAAACCAACUGGAGGAUGCACAUAUCAGCACCACUGCAGGCUGAUCUUAGAAAGUUUCGUACAUAUAAAGGAAACUCUGUGAGAGACCUACUUAGAGCACUGAGAAAUAAAAAGCAUCAUUAUCAUGAGCUCCCACCAGAGGUUCAGACAGCUCUCGGUGAAGUCCCUGAUGGCUUCGUGGCAUAUUUUACCUCCCGUUUCCCCCGGUUACUGCUUCACACGCAUUCAGCGCUUAGCAUCUGUGCCCCCGAGAGACUCUUUCACCCAUACUACCACCAUCCAUAGAGACAUGCUUGUUUGUUCCUGCACUGGACUGGAGAGGAAAAGUAAGAUCCUUGAGGACUCAACUAAACACUGUUGAUGUAGAAUUCUGCACUUCAGAACUGUGAGCACAUUUCGUUGUAGAGCACUACUGACAAAUUUUACCUAAACAACCUACUGGACUUGCUGAGCGAAAUUUACCCAGGUUUUUUAUGCCUAUGCUUUUACAGAAACGGGUUUUGUAGGUCAGAUUAACCAAAUGAGUUACUGAGUGUAAUAUGGGCUUUUUCAGAGCUGCCAUUGUCGCUGCUGGCUUUAUGAUGUGAACCAAAGAGCAAAGAAAUAAAAAGACCAUAUUUUCUGAUGAGUUAACAUCAGCCAAUAGAUUGACAAAUGUUCUACCAUUUCUGUCAGUUUUAUUUUAAUUCUGACUUUUAACACAGAAGAUUACUGAAUUGCCGUCCAACUACUUAUAUUCUUAA